GAUGUAGAGCUGGAUGGAAUGGCAGGCUGUGCAGAGAAAAUACCGCGCGCGGUCUCCUCCCUCUCCUUUGUGUUCGAGUCUUCUGAUGAACGUUGUAUUAGAAAAUCGUUUCCAUAAAGCAGACUCUGAGAAGUAUCUGUCAAACACUAUUCGGUGCUGCCCGGUAAGCUUCCGCUGCCCGUCCUGAGAGCUUGCUGCUGAGAACCGCAGCCCAAUUGUCUGUUUCCAGUCCUUCCAAAGUACACUGCCGCUCAAAGUCCUGUAGGUGUAUUUCCCAGGAGCGGCAUUACUGAAAGAGGUGACAAGAACAGAAAUCCAUGCAGCAAGGCUAUGCAGAAAUCUUUUAAUAACCGAACCAAGCAGUCAAGCAUUUUCUCAGAUUCCCAUAUGUUCUUAAAUGAGAUCGUAAACAUAAACCGCAAACCAUUCUCAUGUUCUGAAUGUGGGAAAUGUUAUAGCUUUAAGUCAGCUCUUACAAUACAUCAGAGAAUACACACAGGAGAGAAGCCCUUCUCCUGUUCUGAAUGUGGAAAAUGUUUUCGCCGUAACUCAGAUCUUACUGCACAUCAAAGAACUCACACAGGAGAGAAACCGUUCUCAUGUUCUGAAUGUGGAAAAUGUUUUAGGAAUUCUUUAACUCUAAUGACACAUCAGAGAACGCACACAGGAGAGAAACCUUUUUUAUGCAAUAAAUGUGGGAAAGAUUUUGCCUGUAAACAAAGUCUUAUGAUACAUCAGAGAAUACACACAGGAGAGAAACCGUUCUCAUGUUCUGAAUGUGGAAAAUGUUUUCGCUGUAACUCAACUCUUAUUAGACAUCAAAGAAUUCACACAGGAGAGCAACCGUUCUCAUGUUCUGAAUGCAGAAAAUGUUUUAGGAGAAGUUCAAGUCUUGUUAUACAUCAGAGAGUACACACAGGAGAGAAACCUUUCUUAUGCAAUGAAUGUGGGAAAGAUUUUGCCUGUAAAGAAAGGCUUGUGGUACAUCAGAGAAUACACACCGGAGAUAAACCUUUCUCGUGUUCUGAAUGCAGAAAAUGUUUUAGGAAAAAUGAAAGUCUUGUUAUACAUCAGAGAGUACACACAGGAGAGAAACCUUUCUUAUGCAAUGAAUGUGGGAAAGAUUUUGCCUGUAAAGAAAAUCUUAUGAUACAUCAGAGAAUACACACAGGAGAGAAACCAUUCUCAUGUUCUGAAUGUGGAAAAUGUUAUAGCUGUAAGUCAGCUCUUACUGCACAUCAAAGAACUCACACAGGAGAGAAACCGUUCUCAUGUUCUGAAUGUGGAAAAUGUUUUAGGAAAAAUUCAAGUCUUGUUACACAUCAGAGAGUACACACAGGAGAGAAACCUUUCUUAUGCAAUGAAUGUGGGAAAGAUUUUGCCUGUAAACAAAGUCUUAUGAUACAUCAGAGAAUACACACAGGAGAGAAACCAUUCUCAUGUUCUGAAUGUGGAAAAUGUUAUAGCUGUAAGUCAGCUCUUACUGCACAUCAAAGAACUCACACAGGAGCGAAACCGUUCUCAUGUUCUGAAUGUGGAAAAUGUUUUAGUAAUUAUUUAACUCUAAGGACACAUCAGAGAACGCACACAGGAGAGAAACCUUUCUUAUGCAAUAAAUGUGGUAAAGAUUUUGUCUGUAAACAAAGUCUUAUGGUACAUCAGAGAAUACACACCGGAGAGAAACCUUUCUCAUGUUCUGAAUGCAGAAAAUGUUUUAGGAAAAGUUCAAGUCUUGUUAUACAUCAGAGAGUACACACAGGAGCGAAACCUUUCUUAUGCAAUGAAUGUGGGAAAGAUUUUGUCUCUAAACAAAGUCUUAUGAUACAUCAGAGAAUACACACAGGAGAGAAACCAUUCUCAUGCUCUGAAUGUGGAAAAUGCUUUGUUGAUAAAGCACGACUUAUUUGUCAUCAGAAAUCUCACACAGGAGAGAAACCGUUCUUAUGUUCUGAAUGUGGAAAAUGUUAUACGUGUUAUUCAAGUUUUGUUACACAUUGGAGAACUCACACAGGAGAGAAACCGUUCUCAUGUUCUGAAUGUGGAAAAUGUUUUGUUACUAAAGCAGAUCUGGUCAGUCAUCAAAGAAUACACACAGGAGAGAAACCUUUCUCAUGUUCUGAAUGCGGAAAAUGCUAUGCUGCUAAAGCAAAUCUUAUCCGUCAUCAGAAAUUUCACACUGGAGAGAAACCGUUCUCAUGUUCUGAAUGUGGAAAAUGUUUUGUCGCUAAAUCAGAGCUUGUCCGUCAUCAGAGAUCUCACACAGGAGAGAAACCGUUCUCAUGUUCUGAAUGUGGAAAAUGUUUUGUUACUAAUGCAGAUCUGGUCAGUCAUCAAAGAAUACACACAGGAGAGAAACCUUUCUCAUGUUCUGAAUGCGGAAAAUGUUUUAGUCAAAGUUCAAGUCUUGUUAUACAUCAAAGAACUCACACAGGAGAGAAACCUUUCUCAUGUUCUGAAUGUGGAAAAUGUUUUAGUAAUAAUGCAUCUCUAAUGACACAUCAGAGAAUCACACAGGAGAGAAACCUUUCUCAUGUUUUGAAUGUGGAAAAUGUUAUAGGUGUUACUCAAGUUUUGUUAAACAUCGGAGAACUCACAGGAGAGAAACCGUUCUCAUGUUCUGAAUGUGGAAAAUGUUUUGUUACUAAAGCAAAGCUUGUCUGUCAGAGAAGUCACACAGGAGAAAAACCUUUCUCAUGCACAGAUUUUUGAAAAUGUUUUGUCACUAAAGCAGAGCUCUUCAGCCAUCGGAGAACUCACACAGGAGAGAAACCAUUCUCGUGUUCUAAAUGUUGAAAAUGCUUUCGCUGUCACUCAGCUCUUAUUACACAACAGAGAACUCACACUGGAGAGAAACCGUUCUCAUGUUGUGAAUGUGGAAAAUGUUUUACUCAACAUUCACAUCUUAUUAUACAUCAGAGAAUUCACACAGGUGAUGAGUCUCUAAAAAUGUAUAAUGCAUCUAUGCAUUAACAUAGGAAUAAAAUAUCUUGUAGUGUGAAUUCUUCUCAUGCUGACACAAUAAAUAGUAACUGUGAUAGUAGCAGUCAAUGUACAUAUGAUGCUAUCAUCCGGGGUGCCUAACCUGCAUUGCUAACUCUAAAGGCUAGUUCCCCCAAUCCCCAUGUUAAUACAGACUUCAAACAAAGGUUAUGUUUACUUCUAAUUCUCUAGGGUUUUUCUUAAGGCAUACAAUGCAGCUGAGACUAUAACUAAUAAAUAUACCAAUUUUGUCACAUUAUCAAAUCAGACAUUCAUAGAGUCAAAUAAAGAGCCUCCUGAAAAAUAUUUAAUGAGCUUUAAAAUAUCUGUGUUGCAGGAUUUGUUUCUUUGGAAUAUUAUUAUCAUUGUUGUAUUAGUUCAAAUUACAUAAUUUCAUACACAGGAACUGAGAGGCCCUACCUACACAUUAAUUAUAGGACUUAUGUCAAUUGUAUAUCAAUGGUCAACACAUGUUUUUUUUUUCAGAUAGAUUGAUGAAGACCUGUUGUUAUAACCUUCAACCCAGCAUUCCAUGCCAGACUCCCAUGUGUAUUAAGAAGGGACUCUUUCUGAAUGUAUUCAUUUAAACAUAUAUAGUAAUUCCUAUAACCAUUUUUAUAAUGUAUUAUAAAUAGAUUGGGCAGAAUGGGGAUUAAGUCACAACCCUUUUUACACUUAUUUUAAAGAAUCAAAUAUCCUUAUACUUAUGUGUACUUAUACUAAUUAAUUGAAUUCGUAGACAUAUAAAAGCUUUUGCAGAUAAACAUUCACCACCAAUACUUAGCAUCAAAAAGGUAUAUUAACUUGAAGUGCAUACAUAUUGCUGUAUUGGUCCAGAUGUGUGCCAAUAUUUUUUUUAUUUUCGGAUGGCGUGUAUUGUUUGAAUAAAUAUAAAUUCUUUUGUACUUUUA